AUGUGCGAGUUCUUGAUCGAUCACGCCAAGCGCUUGCUCGCUGGACGAAGCGUCGUGGAAGUUGGUGCGGGAACUGGGCUACCAGGACUCGUCUCGGCGAGGUUGGGUCCGUCGAGCGUAGUUCUCACUGAUUUACCGAGCGAGUUGGAGCUACUCGAAAAGAACGUUGAAGUAAACGUUGCACAAGGAAAGGAGGCCGAUGUUACCGUGCGCGCGUGCGCGUGGGGCGAGCUCGAUGAGUGGCAGGGCGAAGUGUUUGACACUGUUCUAUGUUCGGAUGUACUGUACCACCAACCCCGGAACAUUUUAAAGGCGUUGGCGAACACCUUAGAGGUACUGUGCUCGAAACGUAGCGGGGUCGUGGUCUUUGCGUACCACUUUCGCGAAAACUUGAUUCACGACGCGCAAUUUUUUGAAUUCAUCGACGAGCUAUUCGACGAAAGAGCGCGAUUCGAUUUUGGCGAUGUUUGGAUGUUCGAAUGGGUCCCCAAGCGCGGAGAGGCGUGUUAA